GUUAGGGUUCGCAAUUUCUCUCCUCCUCAAUCGACAGCACCAAAGCAGCCGCCGUACAACGCCACCGCUGUGCUCUGCCCAGCCGCCGACCGUCGCCCAAGCACCUUCGUCCAUGACCAGUCCAGCAAAUUGCAAAGAAGAUGACAAAGAAGAUGAGUCAGAGGACUUGUCUACCUCUGCCCGAUCCAAUCGUAGCGGGCAUACGUAAACACAACGUCGGAGUGUUUACGUUCAACGCCUUAGUAGUGUGCGUAUUUUCAUUCUUCCUGACCUGGAAGAAACAUAAGCUCACACCCAUAGAUUUAUUGUUGGUGAUUGGCUUGCUUUUCGGGAAUGGCCUGCUAUUUUGCGCUACCAUAUUGCGAGAGAGAUGCCAUUAUUUUUUAGAGAUGGUAGAUGUCUUGGCACUGGGCACCAUUUGGUCUAUUUAUAUUGGUUUGUUCAGUCGAACUAUACUUGGACACUGGCGGUACAAAGUUCCACUUUGUAUUGCGAUUGGAUGCAUAUGGCUCGUGCCGAUCUAUAUUAUUGGUUAUCGUUUUUGUCAAAUGAUUUUUUGGAUUUAUACGAUGAUCUCGCAGCACAACCAGCAGAAACACCUGCACAACAAGCAGCAGCAGCACAACCAACAAUACAACCAGCACCACCAACGGUCACCUCCAGCUCUAACCCCCGAUGCAGCAGCUGCACCAGCAACAGCACAAAUAGAAAUGCGUCAGUUGUUGGAGGAGAUAGAUCGGGUGCAGGAGCCGAUAAAUCAGCAGAUUUAUGGGAUAAAUCAGCAGAUUUGUGGGGUGCAGGAGGGGAUAAAUCAGCAGAUUUGUGGGGUAAAUCAGCAGAUUUGUGGGGUGCAAGAGGGGAUGAAUCAGCUGAUGGAUCCGGUGCAGGAGCGGAUGGAUCGGGCGCUGCUGCUGCAGGAGCGGAAGCCUCCGUCUGACCCCCCGCCUACCCCCGAUGAAGUAGCUGCACCAGCAACAGCAGGUGACUCGCCAAAACCAGAAAGAGUUAGAUAAAUAGUAUAUUUUUAUUUUUAAAAUUGUCAUAAUUUUGCAUAGUUAGUUAAGAUAAUUUUAUCCAAAUUUUGACUGAUGUAAGAAUAAAAAGGAAUUAAGAUUUGGAUAGAGAAGAAA